GUCAUAACAACCAGUAGUGGUUUGUCAACUUGUGUAAUGGGCUUGUUAAGUCUUUUAAGGAGAUUGAAAUCCAAACCAGAACAAGAAAUAAGAAUUCUUCUUCUUGGUCUAGAUAAUGCAGGAAAGACAACUUUGCUUAAACACUUGGCAUCUGAAGACAUAACUCAAACAACUCCCACUCAAGGAUUUAACAUCAAAAGCGUUCAGUCACAAGGGUUCAAACUAAAUGUUUGGGAUAUUGGAGGACAGCGAAAAAUUCGCCCAUAUUGGAAAAACUACUUUGAAAAUACAGAUAUAUUGAUUUAUGUGAUCGAUAGUUCAGAUAAAAAGCGCUUUGAGGAGACCGGAGAGGAACUCUUGGAACUUUUAUCAGAAGAUAAAUUAGCUGGAGUUCCUUUAAUAGUGUUCGCCAACAAACAGGACCUGCUCACUGCCGAACCAGCAAACAGAAUAUCAGAUGGGCUUGGAUUACUAACUAUUCGAGAUAGACCAUGGCAAAUUCAAGGCUGUUCAGCUUUAACUGGCAAUGGUGUACAAGAAGGAAUAGAAUGGGUGAUAAAAUCAGUGAAUACUCGUUCAAAAAUGAAAUAGAAUAAAAGAUAAUUUAUAAAUAUUCAAUAUUGUUUUAUUAUUUAUCUUAUAAUCUACCAUGAUUAUUGUACAGUGAAUCCAUGAAUAGUACAUGAUGCUAAUAUGAUUUCAAUUAGUUACCAUGUCAACAAGAUGAUCUAAUGCCAGUAUUCAAUUAUGGUUUAAGAAGAAGGGAAGCUUUUAUGAGGAGAAUAGAUCCAUUUUGUUUACGUUUUCCCAUUACAUUAAAACAGAUGCAUUUCGAAACCUCUUUAAAUUUUCUUUCUUUUCUUUUCACCUUUUUCGUCAUCGUUGUUGUUGUUGUUGUUGUCCUUGGAAAAGAUGCUUGAAUAUUUAGAUGUAUUUAUGUAAUUAUAUAAGUAUAUUAAUGUUUAUCUGAUUAAACAUUGCAAAAAAU